AUGACGACAGAUAUUCGGGAAAUGCUUUUAGCCAGAGCCAGAGGAGAGGCACUGCCGUACGACCAGGUGGACGAGGACUCGGCGCUGGUGGAGAUGUUCGGGCAGGUGGGGGCGUACAAGUGCAAGUACAUCGUGGCGGUUGGCGCGCUGGCCGGCCUCACCGUCUCCAUGUUCGGCUCCAUGUUCCCCAUGCCGCGCAUUGUCUACGCCAUGGCCUCGGACGGGCUCAUCUUCAGAGGGUGGGCGUCGGGGGAUGUGGCGACGCUGUGCCACGAGGCGUCGGCCGCUCGCCCCCAGAGACCGAAGGGGUUGCUCGGCACAGGCCACCCUACGUCAACCCCACGCCUCUCGGGCGUACCCCAAGGAUCGGUGGCCGAACGCGCGCAACAGAGAAUGAUGCUCAUGAAAACUGUCAUGGUGCGAAUACAUAACUCUGCAGGAACUUCUGCACCCAUUUCUCAAGCAAUUUCUGCGGCUAUUUCUCCAGCUAUUUUUCAAUCUAUUUCUCCAGAUAUUUCUCAAUCUAUUCCUUCAGCUAUUCCUCAAUCUAUUACUUUAGCUAUUUCUCAACCUAUUCCUUCAGCUAUUUCUCAAUCUAUUGCUUCGGUUAUUUCUCAAUCUAUUCCUUCAGCUAUUUCUACAGCUAUUUCACCAGCUUUACACAGCAUUUUCGGGCAACUGUCGCAGGUGUGGCCGGCUACGGGCACGCCCGCCAUCGCCACUCUCACCUCGGGCCUCGCCGCCGCCCUCGCCGCCCUUCUCAUCAGCCUCGAGGUGCUCGUCGAGAUGAUGUCCAUCGGCACGCUGUUGGCCUACACGCUGGUGUCGACGUGCGUGCUAAUCCUGCGCUACCAGCCGCACUCCACGAACCUCAUCGAGCUGCUGCCUCAGUCGCUGCGGACGCCCAUCCGCGGCUCGCCUACAAAGGAGAACCUCAGCAACGGCCAGGUGCUGUACGGCAACCAGCUGCACCCGGAGCAGCUGCGCCAGGCGCUGGGCAGCGGGGGCGGCGGCGGGCGGGCGCGGGGCGGCGGCGGCGCCGCGGGGCGUGGGCGCGGGCCACACCCCGUGCACCAGCCGGGCGCCGGCCAGGCGGCGCGCACAACCCCGCAGCAGCCGCAUUCAUGGUGCGGCCGAGUGCACCCGCAGAUUUUUCCAAAUAUCUCCCCGGACAGUGAUGACACGUACCCGGGCGAAGAGCCCGACGAGGACUUCUCGACGCGCGACGACCAGUUCCUGGUGUCGGACCGCAGCGAGAACAAGUUCUACGGCUCCCUGCACGGCGGCAGCGGCGGGGGCGGCGGCGGCGGAGGGGUGGCAGGCGCCGUGGGGCCUGGAUUGGGCUACAUCGGGCGCCGGUUGCAGGGAGAUGGUGAUGGUUGGGGUGGAACAGGCAAGGUAGAGUUACGAGAAGCAGGGACAGAAAGGGCCGGAGCUGGGCGCGACGAAGAGGUCGGGAUGGAAAGUGACAGGGCAGGUUGGGGAGGAGCGGGGAAGGAAGAGGCAGAUAAAGGGGAGGAGGAGAGGCGUUGGGCGUGUGCGGAACCCGGGAGGCUGAGGGAUAAAUCGAGAGAGACGUCAUGGGUGCGUAAACCCAAGCGCUCCGCGUGA